AUGGCCGAAUUCCAAUCGUUGAACCACUUGGAAGUGACGCGGUGUCAUUGGACAGCCCUCGAGAAGAUAGUCUCUGGCGAAGUCAUCGUGAUUGAUGGGACAACACUUGAUAUUCCGCACGUUGUUGCGGUCGCCAGGAACGGAUGUAUACCACAACUGACGUCGGAUCAAUCUGUUACGGAUCGAAUGGCUGCUAGUGUCGAUGUCUUGAUGAACCAUCUAGCUGAGGGCCGCCAUGUUCACGGGGUUAACACUGGCUUCGGUGGAAGCGCCGACUCACGCACCAAUGACUUAUUUGCACUGCAAGCGGCUCUGUUGCAACUGACCCAGGCCGGAGUGCUGAUAAAAACCGAUAAAGAUGAUAAUGCAGGAAGUAGCAUCCUUGCAUCCCAAGCGAUGCCGACUGCUUGGGUGAAGGCGAUAAUGCUAGUUCGGUGCAAUGUAACCGCUCGUGGUCAUUCCGCUGUCUCUCUACCCGUCAUACACUCGAUACUUGCUCUUUUUCGCCAUGGUAUCACCCCUAUUGUUCCUUUAAGGGGUUCCGUCUCGGCCUCAGGUGACCUCAUGCCUCUAUCCUAUGUUCCUGGUGCUAUCGAGGGGAGUCCCGACGUAUUUGUACGCAUGAAAAGCAAAUCGGCCGCCCUGGUGGAUCCAGCGAGAGUUAUGACCGCAAAAGACGCCCUCAAAGCUGUCGGAGCAGAUGUCAGAACUUUAGGGCCAAAGGAAGGAUUGGGACUUGUGAAUGGUACAUCUGCUUCCGCAGCUCUGGCUAGUCUAGUGAUCUAUGAGUCUCAUCAUCUAGCACUCCUAACGCAAGCUCUCUCUGCAAUGGCCUGCGAGGCGUUGCUAGGCACUUCAGAAAACUUCCACUCGUUCAUUGCAGAAGUCAGGCCUCACGCUGGUCAGAUUGAGAGUGCCCUGAACAUCUUCCAAUUGCUUCAGGGAUCCAAGCUUACCCAGGAUACCUUGGGCAAGGAAAAUCGGCAGACGUCUGGCCUCAUCCAAAACAGAUACGCCGUACGAAGCGCUUCGCAGUGGAUCGGGCCACAGCUUGAAGACCUACUCCUUGCAGACCGCCAAAUCAGAACAGAGCUCAACUCGUCCAGCGACAAUCCACUUGUAGACACCAAAACACAAGCUAUUUAUAACGGCGCCAACUUUCAAAGAACGUCCAUCACAUCAGCUAUGGAGAAGACGCGCUUAUCGCUUCAAAUGUUCGGGAAGCUCCUCUUCUCACAGGCCACCGAGCUAAUCGACCCAAGCCUCAGCAACGGCCUCCCCACAAACCUGGUAGCCGACAAUUCGAGCCUCUCGUUCACCAUGAAGGGCGUCGAUAUCAGCAUGGCUUCUUACAUGUCUGAGCUUGCAUAUCUCGCAAAUCCAGUCAGUUCCCAUGUUCAGGCAGCUGAGAUGCACAACCAGUCGGUCAACUCCAUGGCUUUUGUUUCAGCUCGGUACACUAUGCAGGCGGUAGAGUUGCUAUCACUGCUGUGCGCCUGUAGCUUGUAUAUUUGUUGCCAAGCUCUCGAUCUUCGAGCUAUGCAUUUGUCGUUCUUGUCCGAGCUGCGACUUGUGCUCCCCUCUCGAACUUCGUCUCUGUUUGCACACGUGCUUUCAGAAGAUGAGUUGAAUGCUUUGAAUACGUCUUUGGAUGGGCAUGUAAGUUCAUCUUGGCAAUCUAGCUCGCGCCUCGAUGCCAAGGACAGAUUUCAAGUCACCGUUGACACUUCUUUACCCAUCAUACUAAAAUAUAUCGUUACGCAUGGAAGUACUGGGCCAGUGAUUGAUAAUGCCGUCCUUAUAGAGAAGUGGAGAUCUGAGAUAGUCCAAACAAUGAAGUCCAUCUACGAAUCGUCAACAACCGCAUUCUUCAAGAAGCAACACACAGCCGACCUACUCGGAGUUGGUUCCAAGACACUAUAUCUGGCUAUUCGACAACAGUUAGCUGUUCCUUUUCACGUGGGACUUGUAGAGCACCCCACAGCAAAAAGCUCCUCCAUCAACGGGCGCUCCAAAAAGACAAUCGGAUCCUGGAUCUCGAUUAUCUACGCGGCGCUGCGUGACGGAAGACUUCAUGGGACUCUCAUGGGCGCUUUCCCUGCUGUGCAGGAUAGUGUCAAGUCUCGCCUCUAG